UGCAAGAUUGUAACAAAUCAAAGGAGGAAAGUCGGUCCGAAAAGGAAUACGUAAAACCUGUCAUCUCUCGCAGCACCAAGAUCAUGGUGGAGCACCUGAUGUUCACUUUCCGUAUGAUCACUUCUCCGGAAUUCGUGAACGACUACAGGGCAUGCGUGAUCGAGAGCACUGUGAAAGAUUUUAAAUACGCAACAGACAACACGUGGCUUUCGACGAAAAAGAAAGAACAACGUGCGCGAACCUUGAAGUUACUGUGCAUGAAUCCUGGAAUGAUCUUUGCGCCUCUCGCUCAAUCAGCUCGAUCGAUAAUCCUCGCCUCUGGCACCCUAUCGCCGACAUCGUCUUUCCAGAGUGAAUUAAGCACCGCGUUCGUUCACGUAUUGAACACAGCUCAUGUAAUACCGAAAGACCAAGUGUUCGCCACCUGUAUACCAAAAGGACCAAACAACGUUUCUCUGAGAGCUACCUACCAGAAUGUGAACAGCUGGGGCUUUCAGGAUGAACUAGGGAAAGUGUUGCUUGAUAUCUGCGAAUCUGUCCCUCAUGGAAUUCUCUGUUUCUUCUCCUCCUACAAUGUGAUGCACACACAGAUGGAAAGGUGGCAGAAUAACUCCAUCUGGAGCAAGAUCAGCAACGUCAAGCAAGUGUUCAUAGAGCCCCGUUAUGGUGGCGAUUUGGCAGGUAUCAUGACUGAAUAUCGUGAGAUUAUACAAGAAACUUCAGCCAGACCCAACGGAACGAUCGAUGGCGCCCUGUUCCUGGCGGUUUUCAGGGGGAAGGUCGCCGAAGGAAUCGACUUCAAAGACAACGAGGCUCGCUGCGUGCUGACGGUUGGUAUACCGUAUGGAGUAAGAAAGGAUCCGGUAAUUGAUAUGAAAUUGAAGUAUAACGAUAUGAAUACGGCAAGAGGCUUGUUAAGGGGUUCAGUCUGGUACUCGAUUCAAGCGUUUAGAGCACUGAACCAAGCAUUGGGCCGUUGCUUGAGACACGCCAACGAUUGGGGGGCGGUAUUAUUAGUGGAUGAAAGGUUUCUCUUCCCGGAGAACAUAAAGAAUCUUCCGAAAUGGGUUAAAACUAUGUGGAUUGAACAAAGUAACUACAACCUAAAGGAACAGCUUCGUGAUUUCGUAGCCAGACAGAAAGCAAGGGACGAUAAAACUUAGUCUUCCAAAAAG